GUUCGGUAGUCCCGAAACAGGCGGCCGGUCGAGAUCCAGAGAGCGCGCAGCGACGACCGGUGUCUACACUGGUUGGUGCCACCAUCACGCCACGUCGAACGACCCACCUUAGUCACUGCGACGCGGCCUCAACUCCACAACCACCAUGAACAGCACAGGCAACGCACUCUCUGUGGUCUUGGUCACCGCGUUGGCGCUUGUCUUUGCAGGCAUGACCUUGUACUGGCACCGGCAUCGCGUGAUCGCCUUCAUCUACAACUGCCGUCGAAGCGUUGCCCGCUCCGCCGAGAUGCCUGCUGCGCAAUACCGAGCGUUCUUGGACAACAGCCAUCUCGUGGACGAGUGGCUGUGCUGGGUCUGCUACCACAAGAACCAGCACCAGAACCAAAGCUGUGCCAUGUGUCGCUCCGACUUCGAACCGGACUGGCACAAGUCCAUCAUCCUGACAUCGACCACGCUCGCCUCUGGCCCGCGCGAGUCGACCAUCAGCGCCACACAGCAACGCAUUCGAAAUCGCCACUUGUGGAAACGAAGUGCAGGCUCGUCGCCUCCAUCCCGCGACUUUGUCCACUGGGUGCACACGCCCGUUCUCGACAUCACGGACCUCUUGCAGGAUGUGCUGCCCGACGGCACAGCGCUCUCGAUUUCUUUAGACGGACCUGCAGCUUCAUUCGACAACUCGGCGCUAUCGGCGUCGUCGGUCGCGUAUGUUCGCGAGGCUCGCGGCCCUGGCAUGUCAUCCGCCUGGGUUCCUGCCACGUCCGUGCAGUGGUCGACAACGAUUUAUACCGACGCCAUGAAGGACCUGUCGUGGGACCAAAUUCAUAGCAUGGCAACCCAGCCGUUCUCGGCCAAGGUGUCGUGGUUCAACCAGGCGCUGCACUCGUUGAGUCUCGACCAUGUCACUGGGUACUCGCUCGUGAGUGUCCAUCGCGCAGAAGCGCUCGAGAGUUCUAUGCGGCAGUUGCUGGCGAUCCCGCCAACGUCAAUGCGCCAACAUCUACAGAUUGAAUUUCACAACGAACCUGCCGUGGACGCGGGAGGCGGCGUCCUUCGUGAAUGGUUUGGACUUGUGACGCGUCAAUUGUUUGGCGGGCGAUGGUUUGAGCCGACGCACACGCCUGACAUCACGUACUGGUUUGCCCAAACCAGCGACGACGACUCGUCUUGCCAGAUGUUCAAGUUUGCAGGACGCGUCGUGGCCAAAGCGAUUCAGGAUGGCCACUGUCUCUCUGUCCACUUGGCGAUUCCGCUGUGGAAGCAUGUGUUGGGUAUCCCGAUGACGUGGCACGACCUCGUGCACUUGGACACGGACCUCCACCAGAGUAUUGCGUGGGUGGUAGAUCACAGCGACGCGCACGAACUCGGCCUGGAUUUCACGAUGCGCGGGGUGCCAUUGAUCGCUGGCGGCGACUGCAUGAGUGUCACGGACGCCAACAAGCACGAAUACGUGGCUGCGAUCGUCCGGUUUUUGUUUUACGACGCAGUGCACGGUCCAUUGGAAGCGUUCUUGGAAGGGUUUCAAGCCGUGUUGCCGGUGCCGCUGCUCCACGUGUUUGACGCGUUCGAAAUGGACUUGAUUUUGUGUGGACACGACGACAUCAACGCGACGGACUGGCAGCUCCACACGACAGUCGAGUACCUCGCAACGUCGCAACUUAAACGGCGCGGGGGCAAGCACGGGUCACAGCAACAAGACGUUGUCGACUGGUUCUGGCUCACAGUGCACUCGUAUUCCCAAGUGCAAAAGGCCAAAUUACUGCAGUUCGUCACCGGUUCGUCCCGACCACCCGUUGAAGGGUUUCGGGCCCUCACCAGCAGCAACGGACUCGUAUGCCCAUUCACGAUCGCGUUGUCCACUGCCACGAGCAAAUUUCCCGUCGCCAUGACUUGCUUCAACCGGAUCUCGCUGCCACUGUACAGGUCCCAAGCCGAAUUACAAGAGUACUUGACUGUGGUCAUCAGUAUGGACGUGACAGGGUUCACGAUGCGAUGACGUGGAAGCGACUCCGACCCCCCGUCCCGACAAUUGCAUGUGUCGAGCAAACAAGCGCCACGAGUCGGCCUUCACACCGUCGUUGCUGCAUCCAUUAACUUAUUUGACGAGCUUCUGAGACGAUUCGCGCUUUGGAGGCGGCGCUAGGAGGACCAGGAGCUCGUCCUGCCGAGAUUUAC